AUGGAAUCUGUAAUAGAUAAGAAGUCAUUUUCUAAUGAUGAGUACGUAUGCUCUCUGGAUCCAGAAAACCUAAGGAAAGCUAAAGAAGAGCUGCAUGAGGAUGAAAGCAUCCGAGAGUCAUCAAUCACACAGAUGCGAGAGUACAUUGCCAAGCAUCCGCAGAUCAUAUGGUGCCGAACAGACCACCUAUUCCUGUUGCAAUUCCUUCGAGUGCGCAAGUUCAAUGUACAGGCAGCAUGUGAAAUGUUAAGAAAGAUGCUAAUGGCCAUCCAUACUGAACCAGAUUUCUUUAAACUACGGCCAACAGAAUGGGAUACAUUUCUCGCUCAACCAAUUACACUUCACCUAGGUCCAGAUGACAAAGGACGCAUGGUGACACUUAGUCGAUAUGGUCAGAGCGAUGCAACAACGGUCACUCCAGAAGAAAUUAUGAGGAGGGCCAACUUACUAUUUCAAACAUUCUGCAAUAUUGAAAUCUACCAGAUAAAUGGAGCGGUGAUCAUAAUUGAUUGUCAAGGAGUCACAAUGCACCAUUUUGCAGUUUGGACUGUUCCAAAGUUGAGAUUAUUAAUACAUAUUGCCAAUAAUGUUCUACCGAUACGCCUGAAGGAAAUUCACUUGAUUCAUCUGCCCAAGUUUGCUAAUGUAGUUAUUGAAUUUGCCGUUUCUAUUAUGGAUCCUAAACUGCAGAAGCGGGUUAAGGGUGUUCCAGCCCUUUUUACCUUUCUUUUGCCUUUCUCGUACAAGCUGAACAAAUGUCUCCUGUCCAUGUGUUUGCGUGUGUAA